AUGACCCGUAGCCUGAUAGUCAAGAAUCCACCAAAGGGUAGAAACGCAAGAUCGGCAACUUCAACUGUUAAUAGGACCGCCGCAACUGCAACUGCCACUGCCAGUACUGAGAGAAUGUCGAACCCUUCGAUUGAAGUGCAGGUCCCUAUGGAUAUUGAUGUCGACUCGUCUGAGUACGAGACCGACAGCGACGCUGAGCCUGAAGUCGCUCUCUCCAUGCUCGAUAUCGAAUUCUACGUCUCCCUCGACCUCACAAUCCCCACCCCGAUCCACGCCGGCCCCUCCUCAAACCCGCACACCAACAGCGCCCCCCCCUCCAACCUCCCCCCACCCCGCCCCCUCUCCAGCACCACCCGCUCGGGCCGUACCGGCCGCCGCCAACUCCCCAAGCGCCCACGCACCACCCCGCCCUCCUCAGACGACGAAGAAAACCCCGUCUCGCGCUGGGCCCACGGCGACCACGGGCGCCUGCAGAUCCUCGACCUCCACACCGAGAACCCCCUCCUCUCGUUCGGAAACCGCAUCUGGUCCGGCUCCUGGACCGCCACCGUCGGCACCGAGAUCUACGUGCGCUGCCCCGAGGGCCCCGCACCCGAAGACACGCACGAGAUCCGCGGCGUCUACGUCUCGCAGAAGGACACCAGUGCGGCGGCAGCCGCCGGCGCCCACGUCGCUGCUGGCGCGGGGGGCGAGGAGGACCGCGAGGACCCCCGUGCGGGUCAGGUGAUUGCGACGGCGGGGGUGAGGCUGCAUUGUUUGCCGGCAGUGCUGACAGCGAAGCAGAGGCCGCUGGCAGCGUAUGCGGGGGAGAGGACGUAUGGGUGGCGGCCGGGGAAGAGCAGCUUUUUGGAUCGGCUGGAGGAGAUACAGAUUGCGAAGGGGGAGAAGAGGCCGCGCGGGGAGAGGGAGGGGAGUACGGAGGGGACGGGGAUGGAGAGUGAGACGGAUGGGGAACGGGGGGUGCCACCGAGGAUGGGGUCGUCGGCGUUUCAGAAUCGGGUGGAUGCGAGCGGGGUGGAUGGUGAUGGGAGGGGGGUGGGAGGGGGGUUGGAUACGGUGGUAGAGGAGAGUACGGUGAUGGGGACGGCGAAGGGGAAGGAGAGGGCUUUUCAGUAG